ACAAGGCUUAUUGCACGACUUGUCAUUUUCGUGCACAGAGCAAAAUACUGUGUUGCUUUAGAUAGUUGUAGAAACACUGAUAGAAAGCUUUUGGACAUGGACAAUACUGCUGGUACCUUCACUGCCACUGGCCAUGGGCAACUAGAUGUAUCGACGGACACACAAACUAGCGGAACGAGGCUCGGAGAAAUGACUCUUGCUGAAGUGAAAAAGCAACUCGAGACCAACACAGCUCGAUUAGAACAAUUGCCAGGCAGCUCGUCACACUCUGAGGCUUAUGAAAAGAUAAAGCAACUCAGAAAAUUGAAAGCACAUCGAAUGCAGAAUAGAGAGCAUAAAACAAACGAGAUGGUGAUGCAAGAUUUGCAGCAACUUCAGUCUGAGUACCAGAGUGAUUUGCAAGUGGCUACAGCUCGAGAACAGGCAUAUCAAGUAUUUCACACAAUGACUAGAGAAGAUUUGCAAAGCAUUGAAGAAAAGAAGAGACAAGAGUUGGAAGGAUUGUUAGAUGAGUCAAACUCACUAGAGCAACAAGAAAUGAAAAUUCAUGAAGAUAUUGUAAAGUUGCACAAAAGUUUGCUUCAACCAGAGUCUACUAGUCUCCAAAAUUACAGCAGCAUAGAAAAACAGGGAAUUAAGGAAUUGGCUGGUUAUGAUCAGUUAGUGAAGCAGAGUUAUAAGAAAGAUGCUCGAAGAGCAGAAGAGAGGGGAAAAUUGGAACAGUUGGCAUUAAGUCAGGGAAGGCAAAUAGCUCAGCUAGAUAUGCAAAGAAAGCAAUUAGAGGAACAGCAAGCAGGCAUUAGAGAAAAGUUAUUGCCAGUACAGUCUUCAUCACUUGGUUCUUCCCAGAGGUUAGGGUCAGCAUUUUUUGACAGACUGAAGGAUGACAAACUUCGUGGAGAGGCUAGAUUGCGACAACUUAGAGAGAGAGUACGCGAUGAAGAAUUUCGUGAACAGAGAAUUCUGGAACAGGCCUUAAAUGAUCUUCAUGUCGAUAAGUUUUUGAGACCAUUGUCGUCUACAAAGUCAGAGACCAGUCACUUGGAUAAGGUUAGCAGACCUUCUACAAGAGAAGUUGUGGAUCAUAAAGUAAAUGAGGUGCCAAAGAAUGCUGCUGCAGCUGCAGAAGAUGAUUCACUCAUGGCUGCAGUCAGAGCACUGCGAAGAACAUACUUGAAAACAGGCGGCAAGGACACAAAGAUACUUGCCCAGAUUCAAGAGCUUGAAGAGCAGGCAUAUCAUCAACAGUAUUCUACACAGCAGCUGCAUGCUAAGCAAAUGUUUCCUCCAGUCUCAAUGCAUCAGUUUGCUGCUCAUCCAAUUUCUACUGGCGUUUCUCACCAAACUUGGCAACUCAUUAAGCUUGUUCAGGAAGGAAAUGCAAAGCUGAUGGAGGAAAUAAAUCAGAAAAGAUCACAAAGUGCAAGAAAUUUACCAUUAGAUCAUUCACUUCAUCAGUUAGAACUUGAUAAUCAGAAAGAAGUAAUGAAAUUGAGGUAUGAGAUUGAGAUGGCAAGACAGAAAACUGAGCUGGCACGAAUUGAAUUUGAUCGUGAAAAACUAAAGCCCUAUGAACAAAGAAUUCAUGCACCACAACACUUACAUGCAGCUUUGAUGGACCAAUUGGAUCCCAGUCAUUAUGACUCACAUGGUGGGUUUUCAAUAUUCUGGGACUUUGUUGUUGGUCUAAAUUCUGCAUAUUCUCAUGUUAACUUGAUGACGGCGAUAGUCAGCAGUUCUACAAAUAGGAGCAAUCACAAGGCUCUUCCUCCAGUUCAGUGCAGGCUACCUGGGCAUUCUACUGCUGUUGCAGGAAACGUAGCUGUUAUGGCAAUGAAGCAGUCAUUUCCACAAUUUAUUGCCUCUGAUGAUUACACCUUUAUUGUGGAGUUACAAGGUAGAGUAGAUCACUUAUCGAAAUCAGUAGCCACUGGGGAAUGCAAGGCAGUGGGAUGGACAAAGAUUGGUUUGUUUGAUCAAGAAAGUCGGAUACUGAGUGGAAGGUGGAAACUACUCAUUAGAAUUUCACCGGCCAUGCCAGAUAUGCCUUUGAAUGAACUUUAUCAAGUUCCUCAGGUUAAUCAAACAGAACUCUGCCUUCGCAUUGUAAAUUCACGGGAUGUUGCAAUUCAAUCACAAGUCAAAAUGGAACCUCACCUUCAUUACCACAUGUAUAAGUAUCCAGAUAGUAUUACAGGGUUGACUGAAGAUGUCAAUCGUCCACUAUCAGUAGGAACUGGAUUUAGGCCAUCUAGUGUUUCAGUUAGAACAAGACAGAGUAAUGCUCGCACUCCAACUAAAAUUGAAUCUGCUCCAAGUAUUUCUUCAGUUGAUGACAACGACGUUAGAACAAGCUCUCCUGGCGAGGUUGCAGAGACAGUUGGUUUUCAGAUUCAAAGAGUACGAGACGUUUGGCCAGGGGUUGCUGUGGUAAAACUGAAAGGCUAUCAGUCUAAUGGAAAGCCAAUGAUUACUUCAGCUGGCAAUUUAGUUUGGGAAAGUUCACCUGUCACAUCAAAUUUUCUAGAUCGUGUAUAUGAAUUUGGACAUCAGAAGGUGUCAUUUGAUCAGCCUUUUCUUCACCGUGGCAUAACAGUAAUGGUUGAGCUUUGGAUCGGCAAAAGAGUGAGAGUGCUGUUACAGCAGGAUAGCGGUGUAGUGCAGAAGGAAGAAGAAGAAGAAGAAGAGCAUGUCGAUGAGGAAAGACUGGAUGACUACGAGAAAGAUUUGGAAGAGGAAUUUGAUUCAAAAGAUCCUGAAAAGGCAAAAAGAAGAGGAGUAAAAAUUGUAUAUGAAGAUCAGAAACUAGUCGGCUGGAGUGCUUUUGGUCUAGUCAACUUUGCUAAAGAAGAUUAUCGAGAUGAAGAAGGAGCUCAAGAAGAGGAAGAGAGAGAUGGGAACAAGCUUAUCAUUUGUGACGGAUUUCAUAGAUUGCCUCUGUUUAAGGCUGAAGUCAUGCCAAAGCCUGAAGACCUUGUAUUACCGAUUGUAGGUUCUACUACUGAUCCUUAUGAACGUAUUGGCAAUGGUGUAUUGUCACUGAGAGUUUACUCUGACGUACUGCCUCGCUCAACCUCUCCAGCUUCUGAUAUUUCUGAAAUCAGGUCGAUAUCACCACCUUAUGAAGCGUGGAUUCCUCAUCAAAGAGAAGAUUUUUCAUCAGAUCCCUUUUUCCAUGGUGAUGGGUUUGAUUUUUAUAUUGAUGGUGCUCGUUUUUUGCCAGAUAUUGUCACUGCCACAAGGGUGUCUGGGAGAAUCUUCAACCACAAAUACAUAAAAGUGGGAAGCAAGGUUGAUAUUUCUACAGAUAUUGACCUUGAGUCUAUUGUAUACAAUCCAAAGUACAACUACUGCCUACGAGUUCGUGACGAGCGUUUGCCUCCAACAUCGACUAUCUUACUCAAGAUGUACACGAGAUGUCGGCAGACUAAAGAACUUGUUGUUGUUGGAUACUCUGUUUUGAAUGUUUUUGUUGCAUCUGGUUCUGAUCAGCAGCCUGCUACUGACAGUUCGACGAUACCUAUUUGUCUCAAUGAAGGAGAACAUCAAUUACGAAUUAGAAGAUGCUUGCCAAAGCUUUCACGUACAAUGAAUGUGUCAUUUCUAGAUGAGGUCCCUGUUGUUCCCUGUGCAAGUCUUCUUGUUAGACUAGUUCAUGAUAGAGACUACCGGUAUCGUCAACACCCAGAAAGUCAUACUCUUCCAGUUCCUGACUAUACAGAUGGCGUUUACUAUUCUAUGGAAUGUGAACCCUCAAAAGGAGAAAGUAGGCUGUUUGCUAACAUGAUGACAAGGCUCUCUUUGAGUGUUAGAGACUCAAUGUCAUUAUUUGGAGAUGGUACUGAAAAGCAUCAGCGAGACGAUUAUGGAAGACGACAAUGGAUAGCUAAACGAUUAUGGCGUCUUCAAGAAGAUAACCCAUCAGAGAUUGACCUUACAUACUUAUCUCGAUAUACACCAAGUUGUGGUAUUCAGGUAGCUGUUGAUAGUGCUCAAAACUUGCCGUGGUCUAAGGUGACUCAGUGCAUCUACUGCUUUGCUCCUCCUGCAUCUUUCUACUUUGGUCAUACUGAUGAUCUUGUGUCUUACACUAAAUCAUUGGACUGGUCCAGUAAUCAGAAAUGCCCCGAGUGGCGAGAUGGUUUUAAAUAUUUUGGAAGACGUCGACUUCAUAGAUAUCUGGCUGUUGUCAUACAUUUGAUAGCUAUGGACACUGGUAGACGAGGAAGACUGAAAGUGGCAGAUGAAGCAUGGACGGCUCUACAAGUGUUUUCUGAUGGCUACGUGUACACUAACAGAUACCAGCUUCCUUUGUAUGAAGGAAAACCGAAUAAAGUAGUUUUUGACUACUUGAGACACUAUCCAGUAAGUACAGCAUUGCGCGAUCUUAUUGGACAGAGAAAGGUAAGAUUACUCGAUGGAGCAUCAGUGUUUGCUCGGAUUGCAGACGGGCGCAGAAGCGAAGAAGUCUUCACUUCAACAGCAGCUAAUCUUAAUUAUCUUCCUGAAGAGCAACGGUUGAAAUACACAACUGUUCGAGGGCAUCAAAAGAAAUUGUGUGAUCUCAUUCCAAAGGGUGCAAAUGAAAAUGAAUAUGAAGAAAAGCUGAUGAAGGAGUUCAGUGAGCUAUUGGCCGAUUUGCUCAACAGAAACAAGAGAAAAUAAGAAUAUAGUCUGAGGAUUUGUGUGUUAAUUCCAUUCGAAAUACAGGCAGUUUUUAUCAUUUCAUAACUUAUUUAAUCUUUAGAACUCAUGGAGGUCAUAUUUUAACUGAAAGUGUGAUUCUAUUAAACAUUUUGAUUGUACAAUAUUUCUUGACAUGAAUAUAAAAGGGCUAGAACGUUGCCUUUA